UUUUCUACAGUUCGUGGCAACUGCCAGUUCGCUCCAGCAAUCCUACCAUCGACUCGACCAGACUUAUUCAGUGAGGGCUGAGUGCGGAAAGCAACCUUCUUGCGGAUAGCGAAGAUGCUGUGGGGAGCAGUCUUAGUCGUGGGCUUGGCUUUGUGCAGAGGACUACCGCUUAACAGCGGGCUGCACAAUAUCACCAGCAAAAAUGCCAAACCGAUGCCAACCGUUUGGGAAGAACCGACGCGUGAAGCUGAAGCCAGGACAACCGAAUCACAGAAAGAGGACAGCAUCCUAUCAGAGUUGCUACGGGACUAUGACAAAAUGAAAGCCGUAUCUGAGGGCUCGGAUUGUCGCUGUAAGUGUGUGCUCACACCCUUGGGCCGGGACGCCUGCCACCGAAUUUGGGAAGGCUCCGCCAAGCCGGACGACUCGUACACGGUGGAAACUAUCAGCUCGGGACCACACUGUAAAUGUACCUGCCUCGUCCCGCCCUCGGCUCUCGACUCCUGCGCUGGCCAAAUCAGAUUGCAGAAGUUCCAGGAAGCGGAAAGCAACAGUUUCAAGUUCUCCUCUGCAAUGGAACUGUUGGAAGGUGCCAUCUUUGGAUUAGACAUCAUAAAGUUACAUUCCGUUACAACCAAACUCAUCAAGCGCAUUGAAAAAUUGGAAGCGGCAUAUGCGUUUAAAACCUCCACAGAGGAUGUGUCAAUCAAUGGCGAUUACAACGAGGUUCAGAAUAAGAUGGAGAAGAAGGAAAAUUGGACCACUCCUUAUAGAAGCACAAAGGAAGAAACAGUUGACAUCAGCACAAACUUCCUGCAGAGAGAUGCUGCAGCUACCUACACACAGCCUGAGGAGAGGCAUAUCCGAAUAUUAGCUGAAAUGUUUGACAAAGAGCUUAGCCAGAAAAGGCAUGAUAAUAAAGACACCAAAUCAUCUGAAUUAUCAAGUACGGAGCAGAAGCAGUUUAAGAGGAAACAGAAGCGCAAGCAUUCCCAAGGACCGACCAUUUUACGAACAACAUACUACAAAGCAAAGCCUUCAGAGGAAGCAGGAGAUGAAGAAAUGGCAGAGGAUGAGCAAGUCAGCUCAGCCAGUGGUGAAGAUGCAACACUACUAUUUUUGGACGAUCAACUCAUUAAGCACAUGGAGCCAGUGAUUAACAUUUCUCAGGCACCAAAUCCUGCAAUGGAACCAGUCACAAUGAUCAAUCCAGAGGCAGCAACAACAUCAAGACAACAGCUGAAUCUCUCUGUUACAGAGGCUCUGACUGCUGCUAGUCCUAUUCCUAUCACUGUUAUACCAGGUCCUGGUAUUACUGCUACCUCCAGCAGUACUAAUGUGACCACCUCUUCUGUAGCCAACCCAGCUAGACACACUGCAACACCCAACCAAUCCAAUACCACAGGCCCUACAGCUGCACCCAACACCACUACUUCUGCCAAAUUUACCACCAAAAGUCUUGCUUCUGGACUUUCUAUGCCAGCAGUCACACCUUCCAACAAUAUUCCAAAUUCCAUCAUGACGAAUGCAAGUCAUACCUUAGCUGUUCUGGCUUCUGCCAACGCCACAGUGUCCCUUCAACCCCCCAGCUCUGCUCCUUUGUCUAGUGCAGUCAUCUCUGCAAUUCCAAGCAGCGAGGCUCCUAUUGCCAUUCCCAUCAUCUCCAUUGUUGAUCCCUCAAGUACUGCAGUCCCCAUCAGCACUGCGACCUCAACCUCGAGCCCCCUGCCUACUUCAGCUGUCACAACUGCUGCUGCUGCCCUCGUAACCAUAGCAGCCAAUACGAGCACUGCACCUCCAAGAAUAGUAACGACUGCCAGCACCACAGUCCCCACCAAAAGCACCACAGUCCCCACCACCAUAAGCACCACAGUCCCCACCACCACAAGUACCACAGCACCCACCACCACAAGUACCACAGCACCCACCACCACAAGCACCACAGUCUCCACCACCACAAGUACCACAGUCCCCACCACCACAAGGAUCACAGUCCCCACAAGCAGCACAGUCCCCACCACCACAAGCACCACAGUCCCCACCAACACAAGUACCACAGCACCCACCACCACAAGCACCACAGCACCCACCACCACAAGCACCAGAGUCCCCACCACCACAAGUACCACAGCACCCACCACUACAAGCACCACAGCCCCCACCACCACAAGCACCACAGACCCUACCACCACAGCCACUGCACCCAUCACCAAACUUCCCACCACUGACCCUCUGACUACUAAAGCCACCACCACAGCCACUGUACCCACGACCACCAAACUCACAACUACCGUACUCACCACAACCACUAUACCCACCACAUCGCCAGUCACCACAGUUCUCAGCACCACCACCACUCAAAGGGCAACCACUACAAUGACUACACGUUCUCCAAAAUCCAGAAUAACUUCUUUUUCCAGAAGGAGACUGCCAGCAAAGAUCACACGGAGGCAGCGUGUGAGCCACAAGCCGAAUAAUAGCUACAAAGGUUUUGGAGAGUGCAAGGAAACUUUAUCAACAAUUUCUGGACCCAAGACAAAACACAUUUAUGGGAGAAAAGAAGGUGCUUGGAUGAAAGAUCCAUUAGCAAAGGGAGUUAAAAUCUACAUCACCAACUACUAUUAUGGCAAUACGCUGGUGGAGUUCCGCAACAUGGAAUAUUUCAAACAAGGUCGCUGGAGUAACUCGUACAAACUUCCAUACAAUUGGAUUGGUACAGGCCAUGUGGUGUAUGGUGGGGCUUUCUACUACAAUAGAGCUUUCACUCGCAAUAUUAUCAAAUAUGACCUGAAGCAAAGGUACUGGUGGAACUUUCUCGCAACAAAGAUGACAGCCAAGACUUCCUUCUUUAUCUGGGUAUACCUUCGUUCGGCAUCAGCCAAAGUCCGCGAAGCAUGCACUAUUGAGUGUUCCUCUCUAUUGGACCAUCUGUGAGCCAACACUACCCUGACACCAUACAGGGAGGCAUUGCAUGUCAGCACCACAUCUCACCUGGGAUCAUAACGUGCCACAAUCACUGAUAUAGCCAUGCUGUUAUCAACUUUCAUCAGAACUGAGUAACCAUUUAGCCAGACACUUAUUUUGAUUGGUUCUGAUUUGGACAUUCCUAAGCAAUUUAACUGUUCCAAACCGAGAGAGAGCUGUGCUUUCCAGGAUGUGCACUGUCCCGGAUACUGGCCUAUGAGUUCUCUUACUCAGUUCAGCCCUUAUGAAUUAUUUCGCUCUCUUGAGUCUGCAUAGCAGCAACAACUAAAAUGGCCUGCUGGCCUGGAUUCUGGAGAGAAUUUUAACCAUUUGGCCAAGGCUUGGCAUUGUUUAGGAGUUUUGUUGUGGGCCAACCUAGAAUUCCUCUUUUCAGGAUAUGUCCUGAAUGAGGCUAUGCAAUUGCCUUCACUUAAGGGAUGAUCCCCAACUCAUUCGGCCAGGAAAGGGUGUCUGCUUCUGUCUGAAUACACUCAUGACUGUAACUCCAGUUGCCACAUUUUCCAAUGAUAAAGUCAGUUGUCAUGCCUGUUUGAAGACCAGUUCAGCUUUAUCUCGUAUUUGCUUUUGCAUGGUUACAACAUUAUUCCCACAUACCAAACAUUAGUAUCUGGUGCCUCAGGGAAAGUUAAGCUUCUAAUGACUGAAAAAGCUGCAGGUCCACAAGGUGUCUAGAGAGUUACUUGUUGCUUUUCGCCUGUCCCAAUGUCAUUUGAUUGGAAAAAAUGAUGCUCUCUUUCAACAUACUGUGCUCAGUCUUUGAAUGGCAGGAUCAGUUGAGUCAAACUUCCCAAACAGUGGCAUGAUGCCAGAAAUGCUUAACACAAAAACCCCAACACAGUGUGGAAGCAGGCCAUUGAGUCCACACAACCCUCUGAAGAGCAUCCCACCCAGACCCACAUCCUUAUCAUUGUAUCCUUUCAUUUCCCAUGGCUAACCUUCCUAGCCUGAACAUCCCUUGACACUAUGGGCAAUCUGGAUGACCAAUGCAUCUAACCUGCACAUCUUUGGACUGUGGGAGAAAACUGGAGCACCCAGAAGAAACCCAUGCAGAUACAGGGAGAAUGCACAAACUCUACAUAGACAGUUGUCCCUGGUGCUGUGAAGCAGCAGUGCUAACCACUGACCACUAUGUUUAUCCCAACUCGAAAAUGACUGUUGCAAGUGAAUCAUUUCUGAGCGAAUUUUUCUCUCAUCACUACUGAAAUAACUCCUCAAAGGCUGGUAUUCUGUCACCAAGUCACCCUUUAUUUACACAUGUAUAAUACAUGGCACUGACCCGGCUAGCUCAGAGUAUACUCUUUGAGUGAACAGAACCUCUGACACCUGUUUUAUUUUGAGCAUCUCGCUUAGUGUUAAUCCAAAAUCAACUGCCUCCAAAGCUGUCGUAACCUCGUCAAAAAUCCCAAUAUGGAUUCCCCUGGUUCUCAAAAAUCAAUAGCAUCUCAGAAUUAGAGCAGGCUUGGGGUCAUAAUAUUUCUCAGCUAAACCCAUAAACUCUUGAAAGGUAUUAGUAUCUGGUGCUUCUCGGAAAGUUAGGCUCUUAAUAACCAAAAAAGUUACAGGCCCACACACUGUCCAUGUUUUUCAUCUGCUCAAUGUCAUUUGCCUGAAAAAAAAAACAUUCUUUCAACAUAGUGGGCCCAGUGUUCAAUGGCAGCAUCAAAUGAUUCAAGUGUGCCAAAUAGUGGCAUGAUGCCAGAAAUGCUUACCCCCAUUUAAAGAUGGCUACUCUGAGUCAGUUUCUUCCGGGGUGUGUUUUUCUCUCAUUGCUAUUAAAAUAACUCCAUGAAGACCAGUAUCCUGACACCAAGCCACCCUUUAUUUACACGUGCAUAGUACGUGACACUGACCCAGCUAGCUCAGAGCCAGCUCCUAGAACAAACAGAACCCUUGAUAGUCCUGUUUAUAUCUGUCAGCCAGGACUCCCUGAUUGGACCAGGUUAACAGCCCCAAUUAAGGAACUCAUAUUCUAUGAGGUUUUCAAGGUUUUUGAGAAGAUUUGUAGCUUGGGUUGUUGAUGUGGUUGUUGACUUGCUUGCUGAGCUGGUAUGUUUGUUUGCAGAUAUUUCAUCACCAUACUAGGUAACAUCCUCAAUGCGUCUCCAGUGAAGUAUCAUUGUUCUGUUCCGCUUGCUAUUUAUGUCUGUCAGUUUGCUGGGUUGGGUGGCAUCACUUCCAGAUUUCUUUCUAGUGGUUGGUAUAGGGGGUCCCGAAUGUUUGUUAAUGGAGUUCCAGCCUGAGUGCCAGGCCUUUAGGAAUUCUCGUGCCUGUCUUUGCUUGGCUUGUCCUAGGAUGGCUACAUUGUUCCAGUCAAUUUGGUAUCCCUCUUUAUUCAUGUGUAUUAAAAUGAGUGAUAGUUGGUCAUGUCUCUUGGUGGCUAGUUAGUGUUGGCGAAUCCUUAUGGCUAGUUUCCUUCCGGUUUGUCCUAUAUAAUGCUUCCAGUCUUUGCAUGGUAUCUUGUAAAUAAUAUUGAUUCUGUUAGUUGUGGUUGUCAGAUCCUUUACUGUUGUCAGUAGCUGUCGUAGCAUAGCUGUCAGUUUGUGGGCUACCAUGAUUCCUAGGAGGCUGAGUAAUCUGGUGUUCAUUUCAGGAAGGUCCUAAAUAUAGAAACAAAUCCAGAAUUGAUGCCACCCGGCCCUGCAAACUGAGACACAUAAAUAAGUGGGACAGAACACUGACGCUUCACUGGAGGUACACUGACAAUAUUACCUAGUAUGGUGAUGAAACAUCUGUGAACAAAUUUACCAGCUCAGCAAGCAAGUCAUUAUCUGCACCUAUAAGGUCCACUGGCUGACUUUGUUCCAAUCACUAUGUACAUAUCUCAAAGAAAACUGAUACUGUGAUAAUUCAUAUGUAAAUGCUGCAACAACAGAGAAACAAAAACUGUGUUAUUGAUAAUUAAGACAAAUAUAAUGCUUGUUGAGCAUCAACAUUCAACAGGUUAUACAACAAACUGUGAGAAGUUGGAAUUAGCUCAAGCUGAUAAAUGGUCAUUCUGCGAAAGAUGUCAACUGAAUAUCAAAUAAUCUUAUCCUUGACUUGUGGAAUGUACUGAUGAUUAUGGUAUAAAUACAUGGUAAGUUUAAAACUAAACUGUAAUGGCUCACUUCAAAUGGAUUGAAGCCAUUAUCAAAAUUGCACAGGAAUUCACUCCAUAUGAAAAGUUUUAAGUGUUCUGCACAAAUAUUGUUCAGCAUAAUUUCAAGAACAGCAGUAUAGAAAACACUAAAAUCAUUCUGUUUUUAGAUUUAGCUGCUAUGGAGUUCUUCAAUGCUGUCAUGGUACAUGAUCAGAGAUAAUGGGAACUGCAGAUGCUGGAGAAUCCAAGAUAAUAAAAUGUGAGGCUGGAUGAACACAGCAGGCCAAGCAGCAUCUCAGGAGCACAAAAGCUGACGUUUUGGGCCUAGACCCUUCAUCAGAGAGGGGGAUGGGGUGAGGGUUCUGGAAUAAAUAGGGAGAGAGGGGGAGGCGGACCGAAGAUGGAGAGAAAAGAAGAUAGGUGGAGAGAGUAUAGGUGGGGAGGUAGGGAGGGGAUAGGUCAGUCCAGGGAAGACGGACAGGUCAAGGAGGUGGGAUGAGGUUCCUGUUUCCAAGUCAGUUCUAGUAUUCAGUGACGUUUAAGAGAGGACCAAAUCAAUUCACUCAAAAUUUUGUACAAUUUGAUUUCAGUAUUUAUUUAAUUGGCAGCUCAUUUUGAAUUUUAAAGUUAGUUAAAAUCACAGGCUUCCAUCAGCUUGAUAUUGAUCAGUUUUUCUUUCUCAAAUUGGAGUAUGUCUGUCAUCUUUUAAGAGAUAGUCAGCCAGGUAGCUUCUCUAUAGAGGAAAAUAACUGCUCUGUAACAAUUUUACUGACAUUAUAGUUGAGCAUAGCAGCUUAAAUGAUUCACUUUAAUUCACACAAGGUGCUAGCUAAGCUUAGUAACAACUGUAAGCAUAUAUUUGUGUUAUUAGAUAAUUUGCUUGUUUUAUUACUCUUCAAUAAAUUUGUUUGUCAAUUGAAACUGAAGUCCAAUUCCAGUGUUGUGGUACUUUGUCACCAAUGAAAGAGGAACUUAAAUUUAUUUGACAGAUUUCCUGUCUUCAGGUGAUAGCCAUUUCUGUGUAUUGCUCCGGCAACUGAGAAACUGCUGUCUGAAACCUCCUUGCAAUUGGACUCCUGUUUUAAGACUGAAAUCAUUUAAAAGCUUCAAUAACCAAAAACUCAUUAAGCAUCUGAGAAUCCUGUGUUUCUCCAUAAUGCUCUUCCUUGCAGUUUUUUGCUCUAACGUUGGUAUGUGUGCUUUCUGAAAUCUAGGGUUUAAGCUCUGCAAUCCCCCCCACCCAGCCUCUACUCAACUUUGUGUCAUUAAGAUUCUCUUAAAAACCACCUCCUUUGGGCCAAGUUUUGUCACCUCUCCAAUUAUUUUCUUGCGUGGCUCUAUAUUAAUUUUGGACUGAUUACAGUGAAGCAGGGAAGUAGUACUGCUUCAAAGGUGCUAUAUAAAUGCAAGAUAUCGUUAACUGGACAUUCAUAGAAUCCCCUACAGGGUGGAAACGGGCUCUUUGGCCCAAUAAGUCCACACAGACUCUCAGAACAUCCCACCCAGACCCAUCCCUAUAUAAUCCACCUAAUCUACAUAUCCCUGGACACUCUGGGCAAUUUAGCAUGGCCAAUCAACCUAGCCUGCACGUCUUUGGACUGUCGGAAGAAACCGGAGCACCCAGAGGAAAUCCACGCAGACACAGGGAGAAUGUGCAAACUCCACACAGGAGUGGAGGGUGGAACCAAACCCAGGUCCCUAGGGCUGUGAGGCAGCAGUGCUAACCACUGAGCCACUGUGCCACCCCAUGUUCAGAAUCUGUGUGUCGGCUUACAGUUUAUGAUAAUCAUCUGAACUAUAAAUGUACAAUUUGCUGAGUGUAGUAAGACUAUGCAGAAGCUAAGUCACCAAGACUCAGGACUGAAUUCCUGAGGGUGCAGUGGUCUUAAUCAGAUCACUCAUGCAUGUGUCUUAUCAUUUGGGUUUGACAGUAAAAAAGAUUUAAAUAAAGAAAAGACUUAAAUAAGGAACUAAGCUGCUAAGGGAAACCAAAUAUGAAGUUGUACAGAAGAGUAAACACACUAUUUCAAAUUCAGUCAGGAGAGUAUCACAAAGUAUGAACUUACAUUAACCUCAAGGUUAUAGUUGAGACACUGAAAAUAUGGUUGAAUACAAUGAUAGGAGUUAGGAUAAUGGUGGAAUGAAAAUUAAUAAUGCAAACUGGCCUUUUGGCAACAUUGACUUUCUUUAAUAAUGUGAUCAAUAUUUGAAAGCAUUAAAAUAUUGGGGAAAAAUUUCCUAAGAAUUAAAAAAUGAACAGACCCCAGCUGUAGAGGUGAUUUCUGACUAGGGCUACUUCUUUGCAGUGGCUAGUUGACUCAAAUUCAAUUUUGAUCUUAUCUAGCUGAAAUCGAGAUGUCUGGUUUAUAAUAUGUUUAGUCACUAUUUUUAAAGAAUAAUCGGAAAAUGAUGAGUAGACAGUGAUCUAAUUCAAGUACUUCACAUAACAUCAAACUGAAGGUCUUUCAGACCACUAUCUGCAGCCCCAAAGAUUCAAGAUUUUGACCUUCAAAAUUCAGUUAAUGAAGCUUAGAAAGUUUUCAGUGUUAAAAAACCAAAAUCAGCAUGUCCUUCAAUAUAAAACAAAAAACAAUUGGUGUGACAUAGCAAACUCAUCUGCAAAUGUCUAAAAAAUAGAUUCUGGGUGUGGCUCCUUGGUCAUUUGUGUUCCAUUUCUUUUCAGAUUUACAACAUUUUCAAAUGAAAAUUUUAUUAAUUCUUUAAUAGCUUCUUUAAAGCUCUCACAUCUUAAUUUUUCUGGUUUCAUUAGUGUAAAUUUACAGUAAUAUCAUCUGCAUUCAAUUCUCUUUGAUAAGUACUGUUGAGUGCAAAACAUGCUUUUGAACAUAUUAUAAGGCUGUAAAUGAACUCUUGGGGCUUGAUUGAAAACCUUCAUUCAUGUUUGAUGAGUCAUGACCACCUGGAAUAUAUUACAGUUUUAAAUGCAGAACUACCCAUUAUUUGAAACAAUACUUCACAGUAAUACACAUACAACAAUGGAGGACUAUCUUAUUUAAGAUUUCACACAAUAUUCUUGACUUGACUGAGAUUAUUCUCCCCUUUCAUGAAAACCAUAAGAGAAGGACAUUUUACAUAUUUCAUAGUGGUAGACUCUGCAUUUAACAUAAAACCAAUGUGCUG